AGAUUCCGACCGUUUCAACGACGUCAUCACCCGUGGCUUUCCGUGGCAGGGCUUGCCUGAAGGAUGCAAUCAGCGAAGUGGCAUGCUGCCAAGCACAUCAGUUAACAUUCGUUCGCGCGACGGUGCGGACACGGACAGACGAACGCGCGUACAACAUUGCCUUCUUUGCGAGCCCUUGCGAGGUGUGUCACCGUUGUUGUGGCGUCGUUGUGUUUUUACGCGGUAAAUGCGAAAUACGCCUGCUUUACGCCAGUGUCUUUAGUGCGCCAAAAAACGAGAGAGAAGAAAAAAGAAGAUCCCAUCACGCACACGCGUGCACAAAAGGAUACACGCUGUUUGCGGAUUGUGGUUGGUGUCAUAAUUCUACGCUCUUACCCAUCGGCGGGAAGCAAGGGACACAGGGGGGGGGGGGGAUUUCAGGCACUUUUCUCGCUCGUGGUGAAUCGUUAAUUGGUGCUUAAUUGUGCGCGUCAUCACUGGGGCGUUAGGCCUCUCGGUGUACUCUGCCCCUUGUGUUGUGUGGUGUGUGUGUGUGUGUAUGUUGCAGGAGUGCAAGGAAAGGUAGAAGAGAAGGGAGUGGGAGACAAAAAUCCCCUGCGGAUAUUGCCGGCGCCUUCCAGCGAUAAUCCACACUGGUGAAACGCACCAAGCCCGACAGGAAGAGGCAAAGCCGAGCGCACCGUAAGCGCAGGUGUUUGUUCAGUGUUUUAGAAGAGUUUUUGGAUUUUAUCACCGUUACAUCGCAUCGCUCGUCAUCGGUUAAGAACUUUUUCGCAACUUUUACCUAGAAAGCGCCACACAUUUAAGGGAAUCAAUCUGCUACCGGGGCACGCUCACCAGCAGCAGCAGCAGUAGCCUGCCGGUCGCCCGCCAUGGAUUACAUCAAAGAGCUCGAUAUUCGACUCGACAAGGAGCACUACUACGCCGGUGAAGUGCUCUCGGGGCGAGUCAUAAUGCACACGACGGAAAAUUUCAAGCUCAAGUCCAUCCGCCUAUUGCUCAGGGGUAAAGCGCACGUCGAGUGGAAGGUGUUCGUGUCCGGAGACAAAAGAACGGUGAAGGACGAUCAGGUCUACAUCGACGAGCGGGCCGUCAUAUGGGGCGAGCGGGCGGGUGAAGGGCUGGACGUGACCGUACCGGUGCUGGUGCGCGGUCAGCAUCAGUUCCCGUUCCGCUUCAACAUCCCCGAAACCAACCUGCCCUGUAGCUUCGAGUCACGUGCCUGUUACAUCCGUUACUUCGUUAAGGUGACGAUUGAUAUACCGUACGCCUCACCACCGCAAGGAAUCAAGUACUUUACCAUCAUCGGCCCCCACAUAGACUGUAUGGAUGAGCAAUAUCUGAAACCGGUCUCGGGACAGGACAAGAAGGUCAAGUGUUGCCUGUGCUGUGCCAAAGGACCCGUCACGCUCAGCUGUUCCCUCGACCGGACGGCGUUCUGUUGCGGUGAAACGCUCAAGCUGAAAUCGAUCAUCGACAAUCAGGGCGAGGAAGCAGUCAAGCUGAAGGUGCGCCUGCUGCAGUACUGCGAGUUCUUCGUCGAGCGGGGCGUGCUCGGCGUCACGAAGGAGGUGCAGCAUCUGGUGCUCGAGUACAAGGGCGAAACGGUGGUGCCGAACGAGCGGCAGGACACCUGUGCCAACCUGCGCAUCCCGACCGUGCCAACCACGACGAUGGGCGUCUGCCGGUUGGCACAGAUCUACUACACACUCGUGGCCUGCCUGGAGUUCGAUAAAUCAGGCGACGACUUGCAAAUUAACUUCCCCAUCACGAUCGGCACGGUGCCGUUCCGAAUACCGAACAGCAAUCUUCAACCGCACAUAGGAUACGAUGUGGCGAUCGAUCACGUCGAGGGUGGCACCUACAUUGGGCCCGAGUUCCUGCUCGGCGAGGUGUACGAUGGGUGCAAUGUGAGCGACAACGAGCACCGGGAUCUGGCACCGCUCUACCGUCCCGUCUACCUGACCGUCGUCCGCAGCUCGCAGCAAAUAUCGGCCAAAGCGGUCGAACGCAACAACCGGCGGCAAUCGGCAGCGGCCGUGCUCGGCGGUGGUGGUGCUGGUGGUGGUAUCAAUCCCACCCCUUCCUCAUCAAUGGACGGUGGUGGUGGUGGCGGUGGAGCGGCAAGUGGCAGUAGUAGCAGUGGCCAGAAUGGUGCAAGAACCUCAAUGGACGCCAGGCAUGAGCUCCAGCGGUACCGGAAGUAGUGCGGGCUGGGACUGGGUUAAUGCACACAGACACAUGCACAUGUGCCACACCUACUACGGACCGGUACACGCAAGAAAGCGCAGGUCAUUUCGGGCGUAUUCCGGUCCAAAAGCGAGCCAAAAGCGUGUCAACAAACCCCUGCAACCCCUUUCCAGGAAACCGGAACUGGAAAGAAAAGCAAAAGGGAAUUGGGGUUGGAAGGUAGCUUUGAAGGACACUUUCCUCGUCUCCGCCAACGUUCGUUAUGGUCCCUUUCUUUCCAACCACCCACCACCACCCCCAAAAGCAACAGAACCUUCUGGAUCCAAGGCAAAGCAGGAAAGGAUGGCGCCCAAGUAAAGAGUGAAAAAGGCACAACAAAAUUAAGAAUAACAACGAACGAGCGGCCAAAAAAGUUCGCAAACCAGGGCGCAGGCAAGCACAGUUUUGUUGUUGAGAAAAGACUCCUCCAGAAACAGGUGGAGAAAAGGAUUACCUCCCCCAAAUGUACCGGUAGAGAGUGGAGAGAGUUCACCAAGAAUAGAGAGUUUCAAGAGUAAACAAGAUUGUACAAGGUUGCAGCACAGAAUAGAGAAAGGUUUGAAGAGGCUUGAGGACAUUUCUGAGGGGGGGGGGGACAAAUACACACCCGAUACCGACACCACCCACGUGUUUACGUUCAAUUCGUCCGUUGCCUGUAGAGCUUUAAACGAAAAGAGGGUUAGAAAAGCUGGAUCCAGCCAUCCCAGGUCGGGUCAAACUAAUUAAAAGAACACAAACAGGAGACAUGAGUGUAUGUGUGUGUGUGUGUGUGUGUGUGUGUGAAUAUUUCAGAGAGACCUUAGGGACAGCCCCGAACGUGCCAAAGAUUUCGCCACUACACUACCAGGUAGAGAUAGAUGUCCCCAGUUUUCAGUUCUUCAGUGUAGCUGCAAUGGAGUAGCGAUUUUCGGUGUUUUAGUAGGUAUCGACCACCACGCGCCUCGUAACAUAACUCACCUCCGUUUUAGGUGUUGCGUCUGCUUGUCCAGUGUCCAAUUUGAAUGUUCAUCGUCCUUCGGUAUUUUAGAUUCAUUUCCUCCCCUAACUCAAUGGUUUGAGCCACCGUGCAGCAGCAGCAUCCCCGCCCCGUUCGUUACCUGCAAAUGAACGACUGUUUAGAACAUGUGUAGAGUGUGCGCGUUAUAUGUGGGUUUCUCUCCUUAUCGGUUUCAGUAGUGCAUCCCGGCAGCGGAAUUUUUGCAAUAAAAAGUGGAAAACUUUUUCUAAAAAAUAUAUUUAAAAAAACACAGCCACCCCAUUUUGUGUGAGAUAAGAGGGUCUGUACGCGUACAGUCCUCCGCAGUACCCAGAGUACGGUAGUAGUUGUUUGUCGUGUAACGUUUGCAUUAAAGAAAGGAACCUUUUUCGGCUCAGUUUCUCAGCCUCAGUAUUCGCGACAAUAUUGUUGGUGUAGAGCUUUUGUAAAUUCGCCUACAGGCUUUUCCAGGAGUUCUCAUAGCUGUGGAACACUUACUUUAUAGACUCUUUCUUACACCCAAAUAGAACUACAUGUAAUGGGGAUUAGACUCUAUAGUACGCCUGUUGGACAAAUCCCAUAGGAAUUUCCAAGUAGCCUGUCCAAAAAGGGCACCAUUGAGUUUAAUUCCCAUCAUAUGUAGUUCACUUCCCGGUAAGAAAGAGUCAAGGAAAUGUCCCACAACUAUGAGAAACCCCCUGGAGAACCCUGAGAAAUGGUCGCAUUUAGUUUUGCCAUCAUUGCUUGCCGCUGGGAAGCCAGUGGACGCGAUUUCUGAUGAGGUUUUCCAUGUUUCCCAGGUACUACUUUCACUGUUUGGUCGGUUGCAUUGACCUCCCUGGUCAAACGAACGCAGCGAUCAAGCGACUUUCGGUCCCUCGGUCUUCAUUUUCAGCAUCAUUUGGAGCUUCGUGUUGCUCAGAGUCGUCGGCCAUUCGGAACUUAGCUUUGUUGCGAUGCUCGGAUUGAUGUUUAAUAGUACCAAGAUGUCGUAAAUGCCGGAACAGGCUAAUACGACGUCCACAAACUGCCACACGGAGUCCGUUUUAGACGCAACAGGGUGCCGUUCUUUGAUCGUGCACGCUCCUGGACGGAGUUGCUUCACUCGUUUGGCCAUCACGGUUAGAUAUCAACUGAUAGAGGUGUCAAAUGUUGUCACCAGACCCUUGGGAUACUAUUAUUGAAAGUGAGAUUAACGUUUUGUUAGUACGGGUGAAGGAUAAACCCAUGAAAAGUCGACUAUUUUUAUCCAUUUUUUAAUGCAAAUGUUAACAUUAACGUACGGUAGAGGUUAACGAGAGCGUAUCAGCUUACAAGUCCACAGGGCUACCGC